UAUGUUAAAAUUUACAGUUAUGUCUGUACUUUGUAGUGUUGUUGUAUGCCUCGCUGCAGUUUUAGCUCUGGUGUGGACUAUGCCCGAUUUACCAACAAUCAGACAUGAUCAAAUAUGUCUUCCAACCAAAGAUGGGUCACUUCAGUGUGGCCAAACGCCUGAUGUGCUCCAUGAAUAUUUAGACCAACAAAUUGAAAAGAAAUAUGAUGAAAUCAAAGAACACGAUGAUAAACGAAAACAAGAGUAUCUGGAUAAAAACAGAGAUCGAUUCUGGAGCACAGAAGACAAAGCAUUCUGGGAAAUGAAGCCAGCCGCUAGACUCACUGGAAAAGAGCAGCCUGACAUAAGAAAAGAUGAUGUCAAUACCGACAUGGUUCCAAUAAGAGAAUGGCAUUAUGGUAGGGGCUCGUUUGAGACCACAGCGUUUUUAAGACAUGGCAUACGAUACAGAAAUGGCCGUUUGGUUGUACCACUAGACGGCACAUAUUUCGUAUAUUCUUAUGUCGAUUUAUUUGUGCUGUUAGACCCAUCUACUGGCAAACCUUAUGCGAAAGAAAAAACCAGUAACUUAAUUAAACAUAGCAUCUUUAAAUUCAAUAUAUUUGACGUGGAGGAGACAGAGCUAAUUUCAAGUAUGCAGCCACAUACGGUAUCAAGUAACAACUAUUUCAAUUCUUACAUUAGCUACAUCUCGCCACUGGCAGAUCUCAAAGCUGGUGAUGAGCUUUCUGUAAAAGUCAGCAAUAUAACAUAUCUAAAAUUCACAAAACAAAAUUAUUUUGGUGUUAAUUUGAUUUAAUUCCGAUAUAGUUUCUUCGUCAAUAAAACAAGAAAUACCCUUUACACAAAGCGAAUGCGAGCUACGAGAAAUUGAAAUUCUAUAUAAAAUGCAGUAAGGUGUUAGCCUUGAUGGGGAUGAUACUUUUCCCUGUAGCGACCGACCUAUAUAAUUUGUAGCAUGUUAUUUAGAACUAUAAACAAUUUUAUUUUAUCUCUUUAGAGAUUUAAUUGACAUUGUCGGAAAUGUAUAGAUUUAAACACUUUGUGAAUAUGAUAAAGAAUAUAUAAACCUUUGAAGAUUUUUAUAAAGCGUUACACUUUACCUUAAGAAAAAACCCUCUAAAAUUUAUAUCGUUUCAUUACGAUAAGGGAGAUUAUAAACCUAUACAUAUUUCGACAGGUCUUUAAAAUAUCUAGAGAGAUAAUGAUUAUAUAGUUUAUUAGUUAAACAAUAUACAUAUAUAAGUCAGUCACUAAAUGGAAUAAAAUUUCUAACAUUUCCUUAUGGCUUAGAGCUAGAGGAGAUCCACUGUACCAACAACCUUUAAUGCAUUUUAUACACUAUUCUCUGUCGAAAACCUCCACGAGUACUGUAAACACAUCUAUGUUUUUUCCUAUCCAAAUAUCACUAGCUGAACAAUGACAAUAAUUAUAUAUUAUACGUCCGGUUCAUUGCUUCUCAGUUAAAUGAAGUCUAGUAUAAUAUCUAACAAAAUAUUUCAAUGAGCAUAAAGAAUGAAAACAAUCAAUGCCUUUUAUUUAUUGCAUGACUGCGGAAUUUUCCUAAAGUUUGAAAUUUUGUGAUUUCUAAAUUCUGGUAUCGCCACGGUUAGCCGUGCUCUAAAUUCCGUUGCACACAGAUAUCGCUCAGUUUUUCUCUUUCUCGGAUGUAGAAUAAUACACACAAAUAAGCAAGUGUUUGCUGUGAUAAGGCAUUGAAAUGAUAAGCUAUUUGAAAUAAUUGAUCACUGUAUGUCUGUAGUUUAGUUCUCUACAUCUUGAUUUAAAACUUGAUUUUUUAAAUUACAUAAAAAUAUAACUGCCAAAAUUAUUAUGAUAUUCUAUUCAGUUUAAAAAUUCAAAUUACGUUUCCGGCAAAGCUAGGUGUUAAUUCCAUCGAUACACGAAACGUUUGUUGAUAAAAUUAGCCAGGUUGGAAUUGUUUACAUUCUCUAUUUUCUCAAGGGUUCAUAACCUCGUUAGCGCCUCCCGGUAAAUUCAAAUAUUAAGCAGUUAGUUUAAAUCAUUUUUGAAACUCUAUUUCACAACUUUUUGUUUUAAAAAAGAAUUACAACAGUUGAUAAAGAACGUUUCAAUGUGUAAUUAUGCACUUUUAUAACUUUUUUUCAGUAGUUAAUUUAAAAUUUUGAAAAAGAGAUCCCUUAUGUGAAGCAUGCAUAAAUUAUACAGAAACCUGCCCAGCUCCAUCUUCUCGCUUUUAUAUACGGCAGUUGAAGGUUUAUAAUGAAAUGUUUCUUAGGGAGGCUCAAGAGGGGAAAUAUUUUUAAAUAUCUUAAAUUUAAGAUAUUUAGAAAUGUGUUUGAUUUACUGUUUUUAAUCAUGCAAUAAAUCAGUUAGACAAUACAUACGCGUGUGUUACCGGCGAGUAUCAUCAUGCUUGGGGGAAUCUCAGGGAACGUUUGCUCGUUUGCUACCCAAAAUUACGUUCCCAGAGAUUCCCCCGCGCAUGAUGAUAACAGCCGGUAACACACUUUUAUGUAUUAUCUAACUUAUCUUGGAUUGUCGUCCCAGAGUUCAGAUGUGCACAAAAUGAACGAGAAGAGAAAAUUUGUAUUUAUUACAUGCCGCCCAAGGACAACGGCGGCUAUUCGAAUAUGAUUCAGAUUUUUCACAUUUGGUGACGUAGAAGAUUUUUAACCUUUUGACCUUGUCAAAUAAUACUAGUUUGUUUAAAUAAUGAUAUUUUCACUUAUUUUUAUUGGUUAUAACAUAUUUUAUAGAAUGUGCUAUAUUAGUAUUUUCUUUGAAAUAUAUCUAAUAUUUCACAUGUUUCUAAUAAUUUGCAAGGGCAGAACUUGUACAAAAUUUAAAUAGGUGCUAAUGUAUAAUGCUUCUGCCAAAAACCACAGGACGAGUAGAAUCUCGAGACAACGGAUAUGGUACUAACGAAUAACACUUAUUUGAUGCAAAAACCUUGGUUAAGUUUUUAUGCAGUAUUGAAUAACCAGUUAUCUUGUUGUACCUUUUUUUAAAUGAAAAAAAUAUUUUUGUCGUUUUAUGUUUUCUUUAAAGUUUUAAUUCUUUUUUUUUUAUAAAUCACAAGUUUGUUUUCCAGAAAGUUUUAGUUAAAAAUAAAUACACGGUAUAAACAUUAAUCAAAGAUUAACACCAGAAAAAUAGCUUUUAGCAGGUAUUGCUAGUUUCGUUUGUCGAAUGUCUGAAGCAGAGGUAAGUGAUUUUGUUCAUCACUCUAAGUGUUUUUGACUUCUGUUUGCUGAUUAAUUAUCAAAUUCUAUUUAUCCAUUAUUCUUUCCUAAGUUUACACUUUUAUUAUUUCAUUUUUGGUAAAUGUUUUUAAACCUUUCCCAUAAAAGGCUAUAAAUAUAUGUUUUUACCGGAUCUGCCGUCUAACACUAAAUUUAAUAUUUUGUUUUUAAGAUUGGAUUCAUCAAUCAUUAUUUUAAGAUUUGGGGUAAUUUUAUGGUUGUUAAUUAAUACUUGAAUAACAAUUACUGUAUCAUUGCAAAACUGGAAUCACCAGUGUUUGUUUUAAAGAAACCAUUUUGUUGAUGUACUGGAAUUGCCAGUCACUAAUUUGUGGACUUAUUUAUCAUCUGAAUUUAAUGAAAAUAAACUUUAGAAACAACA